AUGAAUGAGCAUCAAAAACAUAUUUCUCUAAGGGACCAGGCCAGAAGGAAAGAAAGUGGAAAAGAUAAAGAUCAUGCGACAAGGAGCCGAAGGCAAAGCAGGAGACGGGAAAGAGCUGCAAGACUUCAGCAGAUUUUGAGAUCUGUGAAAGAAGAAGCUCUAGAGGGUGUAGCUAGGGAAAAGAUUGCCAAAGUGAUGACACCCGAGUAUUUUUCGUCCGAGGAGUCAGACUAUGACGAUAAUGGAGAGUUUCGACAUUUUAUUGUCCAGCGCCUGGCAUGGCAGAAACAGACUUUUAAGACCCUCAAGGACAAACUGGAGGCAAAACUCAAAGAAAACCUGAGCCCUCAGCACAGGAGGCAGUUGAGGAGUCGUAGGAUCCUUACCAUUCCAUCAAAACGGACAUCACCAGAGGACUGCCCAAAGUUCAUUCGAAGGGAGGAUGAAAAUAGUGAUUAGAGUGUGAAAGUGAAAAUGUAAAUUAUAAAUGUUUUCAUAAGUAUUUAUUUUAUUUGUAAAGCCAUUUUUUAUAAGUUGUUUUUGAAGACAGACUGAUCUAAAUUUUAAAAAUUUUAAAGUAAAAAAUUGUUUAAAGUAGGUAUUUUCUUAUGAUAUCUUUUCAGUAUUUUGUUAAGGAAUUUGUGCAAAAUGUGUUAAAUUUUCAUAGUCUUUAAACACAACGUAGAAAGAUGGCCCUUGUUCUCGAUGUAUAUUUAUUUAACACAUUUUUGUUGCUUACUGCUUUUGUUUUUAUAUUUCCUUUUAUCAUUUAAUAGUAGCUAUAAAUGCAUGAACAAUUAUGGUUAUUUAUUUUGAAAUAUACUGGUAUCAAUUAUGCUUAUUUAAUUUGUCUUAUAUUUAAUUUUUAUUUAAUAGUAGCUAUUUUAGACUUGAUAAACCUGUUUUUAAUUUGUAAGAUACCUUACCCUCUCUCAGUCCUUUUUGUUCCUGUAAUCAACUUAUGAAAAGUACUUUACCUAAAUAUAAAUUUUUUCAGCUUAUUAACUUUUACCUUGAACAGUGACUUUUUUUCAUAAAAUCUGAUUUGAUUGUAAAGAGGAAAUAUUUUGCACAACUUCAACUAGUUUCGAGGUUUAUUUAUGAAAUAUUAUGCAAUAUUAUUGGAUGGUUCAUGUUUUAAAAUAGAGAAUAUGCAUUUGAUAUUCAUUUUGCCAUAACAUAUAUUGAAUGUGUAUGUUGUGUAAAUAGUUUUGUAAACAUGAUUUAAGGCCACACCAAUAUAAUUUCUUCUUUGUCAGACCUGCGCUCUCAUGUUUAAAUAAAAGUAUACAAUAAUAUUAAUAUUAAUUUCCUGCAUCCAGGAAAUUUUACACUGUUCUAUGUUCUAUCUCCGCUAUAUUUUUAGCAUUUUGAACUAAUUUAAUUUGAUUAAUUAGAAUCAAGUAGAAGAAAUAUAAGCUUCCGCUCAAACUUAUUUAUUAAUACCUAAAAAUGUUCGCUACCAAAUUGAAAAAUUUUAAAUUUUAUUAUUCAAUCUGCCCGCUUGUGUCCUUUUUCACUAAAUUUUUGACGAACAAGAAAUUGUAUUGGUGUGGCCUAACCUUUUUAUAUAAAUUUCAAUAAAUUAUUAAUGAUGCUUAUUGUUUAUAUAUGAAUUUGGAAGCAUUUGCAAUUAUUUGCAAUAAACGCUUUAAAUACAGAGUAUGAUUAUUACCACAAGAAUAAGAGAAAAAAGGAAACACUAAAUUCUAAUGAAAUCAAUGACUUGCGUUGAAAAAAGUUGAAUACAAAGGCAUAAAUACUGUUAAUCUGCAUUGUCACUGAUCAAUAAUUAAGGUGAUUGAAUGACAAUGAUGGAAUACGAUAAAUACUGGGACAUAAUUAAAUGGUCACCAAAGUAGAAAUGAACCGUAAAUGACAGAUAACUGAACCAUCAAUGAAUGGUUAUUUCAAGGUGAUAGAGUGGUUAUUUAAAGAUGACUGAAUGAUCAGAAAAAGGUUACUUAAUAGUUACAUAAAGGUGACAAACUUGUUAUUUAAAGAUGACGGAAUUAUCAAUGAAUUGUUUCUUAAAGAUGACUGAAUGAUUACUGAAAAGUGACUGAAUCGUCACUGAAAAAUAACAGAAUGGUCAUUGAAAUGUAACUUAAUGGUCACUGAAUGACCACUAAAAAAUAACUGAAUGGUCACUGAAAUGUAAUUGAAUGGUCGC